AUGGCAACCUCCAGUGGAAGUUUUGCGCUGGAGAUUUUAUUAGUAUUGUUGACAGCAAGCUAUGUCGUAUUUUGCCCUUUUACUAAAGUGGAAGAAAGCUUCAACCUUCAAGCUACUCAUGACAUUCUUUAUCAUGGAUUUGAUAUCAAAAAGUAUGAUCAUUUGGAGUUUCCAGGAGUAGUUCCAAGAUCAUUUAUUGGACCUCUAUUUCUAUCUAUUCUCUCUUUUCCCUUSGUUACAAUAUUGAAAGUGAUAGGAGUGGCAAAGAUAUACUCCCAGUAUGUAGUUAGAAUUGCCCUUGGUCUGUGCACAAUCUUUGCAUUCAUCCUGUACAAGAGAGCAGUGUCUAAGAAACUUGGAUCCAAUGUUGGUACCCUCCUGACGUUGUUGACGAUGAAUCAGUUUCAUUUUCUAUUUUACUCGUCCAGACCACUCCCAAAUACAUUUGCACUUUGCCUUGUUCUUUUAUCAGCAACCCAUUGGUUGCUUAAGAAGCAUGCUCUUUUUAUUUGGACGUCAGCAUUUGUAAUCACAGUUUUUAGAACAGAGUUAUGCAUACUGCUUGGUUUGAUGCUGUUGAUUGAACUUGGAAGCAGGAGAUUAUCUUUAGGAAAAGCCUUUAUUCACUCUGCUUUGGCUGGAAUAGUAGCACUAGGUUUGACAGUAGGUAUUGACUCAGUAUUUUGGCAGAGAUACCUGUGGCCUGAAGGAGAAGUGUUCUACUUCAAUGCCGUGCUCAACAAGAGCUCACAGUGGGGAACAGAACCAUUUCUGUGGUACUUKUACUCUGCUCUACCCAGAGCUCUACUCUUUGGCCUGCCUCUUAUCCCUGUUGGUCUGUGGUAUGAAAGAAGGAYGUGGAGCCUUGCUUGGCCAUCCCUUGUGUUUGUUUUCAUGUUCUCAUUUCUACCUCACAAGGAACUUCGAUUCAUUAUAUAUGUGUUCCCUAUCUUCAAUACUGUAGCAGCUUGUGGGCUCAAUUAUAUAUAUCAACACUACCACAAGUGGAGAAGCUGGUUAUCAGCCAUURUUGUCCCUGGCACAAUUGCUGGUCUGCUGUGCAGUUUUGCAGCAACUGAUUUGCUUGCAUACGUGUCUUACCACAACUACCCAGGGGGYGUGGCUCUAACCCGGUUGCAUCAAAUACUGCAAGACAAACCAGGAACCAUUCAUGUGCAUAUUUGUGUUGCUGCUGCCGAAACAGGGAUCUCCAGGUUUGGCGAAUCCAAUGUGCCAUCGAUCAGGUAUUCAAAAGCUGAGGGAUUAAAGAAAGGAAGUCCAGAGAUGCAUCAGUUCACCCACCUCAUAACAGAAGCACCAUGUACCGGCGAUGUUUAUGAAAAUACCCACACAGUAUUGGAYGAAAUAAAAGGCUUUACAAAGGUGGUUAUCAACCUCAAGAACUUUCCUUUUAUUAUCAGGAUUCAAAUGGAUACGAAGCUCUGUAUUCUACAGAGAAAUGAAUAAUGAUCUUGCAAAAUACUGAUCUGAUAUACGUGUAGUAUGCAGUAUCAAUAAAUUUUAUAAAAAAAUUAGAAUAGUAAAAAACGAAAUAGGAGACAAUCAAUAAAUAAUAAAGUGAUAUUAAUCCAAUGUUUAUCAGUACUAAGAUCCUCUAUUUAAAUACAUGAUCCAUAAUUCAUUGAUAAAUUAUUAGAUUACCUCAAAAAUGGAAUACUUUCAGGAUAUACAGUAAGAAAAUAACAUAGUGAGUUCACUGUACAGUUUGCCCAAAAUAAAAAUAUUCAUUGCCAAAGUUGGCAAAGUACCUUA